AUGGCUGAUGACGAUGGACAUGAGGAGAGGAAUCCGGGCCUCCGUGCGCGCUGUGGUGAGGUUUGGGAGACGAUCGAUGAGAUCAUCGUCGAUACCGAUCACGACAGCGUAGCCCACACCCAUCUCGUUUAUGCGAUUCACUAUAUCCAGAAGACCUUGGAUGAGCUCCGCGAAGGUCCUGUCGUGGAGUCCAACUUGGAUCCUCCCGCGCCACCAGUGUCGGACAAGGAGGGUGAAGAUGCUGCAGGUAAAAUUUACGAUUACGCCCAAAAUGCGGCACGCAAAUCUGACGAUGCCUCAGGAUCAAAGGGAAGUGAGGUUGGAGAUCCGGGCCCUGACGACUUCUCCGCAGAUGACUCCGACGACAUCGACAUGGACGAGCCGACCAACGGCUCCCUGGAGGAUAGUGGUGACGGUCUCAUCGAGACGAAGUAG